AGACUUUUUUUCACAAUUCAUUAUAAGCAACUACUCAUUCAUCCCUUUGAUUUUGAUUCUGAUUAUUAAUAGUCCUCGCCAUCUAACUCACCACGCAAUAAAAAGGUCGUAAAGUCCAUUUUCUUUCCCUUCUUAUUCCCCAGCUUCUCUUCCAAGACUCUCACUUCAUAGAUCUCAACAAACCCAAGAUACCAAUUAAUAAAGAAAAGUUGGUUCUUUCUUGUUCAGAUAAUUAAUAGAUGGGUUUUGAUGAUAUAUGUGGCACGGGCCUUGCUUUAAAAUUAGGCUUUUCAUCAACAGCCAAUAAUCAGAGAUCAAGAAAACCACCAGCUGAUCUAUUGGGGAAAGAGGGAUCUCUUAGUUUUGAACCCUCUCUAACUUUAAGCCUUCCCAAGGAUCAAUCUGCUGAUCAUUUGAGUUCCUCGACCUACUCUAACGCUAGUGUGAAAAGGAAAAGGGAUAUUAGUACAGAGGUAGAAAGAGUACUUUCUUCCAGAGUUAGUGAUGAAGAUCUAGAUGAUCAUGUUUCAAAUGGAAGGAAGAAACUUAGGCUCACUAAAGUACAAUCUGCCCUUUUAGAAGAAAGCUUCAAGCAACAUAGCACGCUCAAUCCUAAGCAAAAGCAGCACUUAGCUAGGAAGCUUAACGUAAGGCCUCGUCAAGUGGAAGUUUGGUUCCAGAACAGAAGAGCCAGAACGAAGCUGAAGCAAACAGAGGUAGACUGUGAGUUUUUAAAGAAAUGUUGUGAGUCGCUGACUGAUGAAAACAGGAAGCUUUACAAGGAACUGCAAGAACUGAAAGCUCUAAAACUAGCGCAGCCCUUGUACAGGCAGCUGCCGGCAGCGGCCACCCUUGCCGUGUGUCCUUCCUGCGAAAGAGUCGCCGGCGCCGGCGAGAACGCUCCGGCGAAACCUCACUUCUAUAGUCCCUUCACUAGUCCAUCAGCAACUUGUUAGUUAUCUGCCACUGCAAUAUAUAGGAGUAUUAUUGUUAUUAUUGUCAUGUUAGAUUCUUAGGAAAUCUCCCAAAACCGGCCACUUUUUUUGGGUUAAGGGCUUGUGCGGAAAUGAAAAGACUUGUAUAAUUAAUUUGUAGAGUUAGAAGGUUACUAAUCAUUAAUCAAUAUCUUUAUUUUGUUUUUUGUCGCAAUACAACUCUGUAAAUCUUUAAGAAAUAUACGCAUAUGAAGCAAGCAUUAUUUUUU